UUCAGUGGAAACAGACAAUGACCUCACGUCCAAAGAAAGGCUGGAUUGUUUCUCAAGAGGAUUCCAAGAGCAUAUCUCCUUCCCAGUUGAGCUGGCUGGGACAGAGGAUGAUCAGAGGAAUGAGGAGGGUGAGGAACUUCAUCAGGAAAUGCCAGACAGAGUUAAAAAUGAAGAUUUGAAAGAAAACAGCAGAAGUCAAGGCAGACCUCAAAGAAAAAAAGGCGGCUGUGUGGUAGAGAAUAGAAAUGGAAUAAAGCAUAGUGUGCAUUUUUCAAAGCACAGAAUAAUGAAGGCUAGUAAAUCCAUUCAGUGUGGAAAGCACUUCAGAAACAGAUCACAGCUCCUUCUGUACCAAAGAAUACACAAAGGCAUGAAACCUUUUGUAUGCUCACAGUGUGGAAAGAGAUUCAGUGAGAGGAGGAAUCUUCGGCAGCAUCAGAGACUUCACACAUGGGAAAAACCCUUUCAAUGCUCAGUGUGUGGGAAAAGAUUCAGCCAGAGUGGGACUCUUCAACAGCACAAAAGAACCCACUCAGGGGAGAAACCUUUUGAAUGCUUAGAGUGCGGAAAGAAAUUCAGUAGGAGUGGCAAUCUCCAACGGCAUCGGAGAAUCCACACAGGAGAAAAACCCUUUGAAUGCUCAGUGUGUGGAAAGAGAUUCAGUCAGAGUGGCACUCUUCAACAGCACGAAAGGACCCACACAGGGGAGAAGCCUUUUGAAUGCUCAGGGUGUGGAAAGAGAUUCAGGUUGAGUGACACACUUCAAAAACAUCUAACAACCCACACAGGGGAGAAACCUUUUGAAUGCUCAGAGUGUGGAAGGAGAUUCAGGCUGAGUGGCAGUCUACAACGGCAUCUGACAACCCACACUGGGGAAAAACCUUUUGAAUGUACAGAGUGUGGAAAGAGAUUCAGCCAGAGUGGCACUCUACAACAGCAUCUAAGAACCCACACAGGGGAGAAACCUUUUGAAUGUUCCAUGUGUGGAAACAGAUUCAGUCAGCGUAGCACUCUUCAACUGCACCAGAGAACCCACACAGGGGAGAAACCUUUUGAAUGCUCAGAGUGUGGAAGGAAAUUCAAUCAGAGUGGCAGUCUGCUGCAGCAUCAAAGAACCCACACUGGGGAGAAACCCUUUGAGUGUUCAGAGUGUGGAAAGAGAUUUAGUCAGCGUGGCAUACAUCAACUUCACCAAAGAACCCACAGAGGAGAAAAACCUUUUGAAUGCUCAGAGUGUGGAAAGACAUUUAGGUUGAGUGGCCAUCUUCAGCGGCAUCAAAGAACUCACACAGGGGAGAAACCUUUUGAAUGUUUAGAGUGUGGAAAGAGAUUCAGUCAGAGUGGCAAUCUUCAACAGCAUCAGAGAACUCACACAAUGGAGAAACCUUUUGAAUGCUCAGAGUGUGGCAAGAAAUUCAGUUGGAGUGGUGCUCUUCAGCAGCACCUAAGAACCCACACAGGGGAGAAACCUUUUCAAUGCCCAGAGUGUGGAAAGAGAUUCCGGUUGAGUGGCAUUCUUCAACGGCAUCUGACAACGCACACAGGGGAGAAGCCUUUUGAAUGCUCAGUGUGUGGAAAGAGAUUCAGUCGGAGUAGCAAUCUUCAGCAGCACCAAACAACCCACACAGGGGAGAAACCUUUUCAGUGCUCAGUGUGUGGAAGGAGAUUUAGUCGGAGUGGCACUCUUCAACUGCACCAAAGGACCCACACAGGGGAGAAACCUUCUGAAUGCUCAGAGUGUGGAAAGAAAUUCAGUAGGAGUGGCAAUCUUCAGCGGCAUCAGAGAACCCACACAGGGGAGAGACCCUUUGAAUGUUCAGUGUGUGGAAAGAGAUUUAGUCAGAGUGGCACUCUUCAACAGCACCAAAGAACCCACACAGGGGAGAAACCUUUUGAGUGCUCACUGAGAAAAGAGAUUCAAGUUUGAGUUGCCAUCUUCAACAGGUCCUAAGAUUCCACAUGGAAGAAACAUUUUGAGUGUUCAUAGUGUACAUAGAGGCUGAAUAACAGUAGCAGUCUUCAACAGCAUUAGAAAACCCACCCAGAAGAAGAACCUUUUGAAUGCUCCAAGUGUGGAGUUUCACUCAGCGUAGAAGUGUUCUACAGCAUCUAAGAUCCCACACAAGCAGAAACCAUGUGACUAUUUAUUCCACAAAAAGAGUGUUUCUCUUAUUUUUCACUGAAAAGACUGCUAGAGAUCAUAUAGUAUUGACACUAUAUAAGCUGUCAUUGAAAGGUUGAAUCUACACAGAAAUGUUACUCUAACCACAAUGUUAAAAAUGCUCAGAC